AUUAUAGUUUUAAUGUUUCUGUUGGGGGUAUAUUCAACAGGCAAUGUUAUGGUUGGAUCGCCGAAUGUCAAAGAUCCUAAGCCUCUCCCUCCUGAUUUAGAAGAAUUUGUCAGUAAUUCAGGGGGCCAUGGUUUUAUCAUCGUUUCUUUUGGAUCAAACGUGGCUUCAAAUCUCCAAAAGCCGGUGGUAGACAUGUUAACUACAGCGUUUGGGAAACUGAAACAGCGAGUUGUGUGGAGAAUUAAAGGUUACAUUCCAUCAUUCCUUAGUAAAAACAUCAGAGCAGUUGACUGGUUACCUCAGAGUGAUCUUUUGGCUCACAAGGACAUCAAAGCUUUUGUCUCCCAUGUGGGACACAGCAGUCUUUACGAGUCGGCGUAUCAUAGUGUCCCUGUGGUGGCGUUUCCGUUGUACAUAGACCAGCAAAGUAAUGCAAAGAAAGCAGAACAUGUUGGCCUUGGGUUAGCUGUGAAUUAUAAAAGCAUUAAUGCCCAACAAUUGUUUGAGACAAUCGAGCGUGUUAUUGAUAAACCAAGGUGGAUGAGUAUCUUGAAACUUUCUGCGAUCUUUAGGUUUAAGAGCAAAGCAAUGCACAUCUCUGGCCUGUUAAAGGAUCGUCGACAAACACCUCUUCAAGAAAUCUGUGACUGGAUAGAGUAUGUACUCAGACAUGGUGGAGCCCUGCACCUCAGAGCUCAAGUGUUCAACAUCCCUUGGUAUCAGUUCUACUUACUUGACGUCAUGGCUUUUCUUGUUGCUGUGGUUGUCAUGGUUGUGAUGGUGAUACGUUUGGCAUGUCGAUGCCUGUGUCGUGUGUUCUGUAAAAAGGAUGAUAUCAAAACCAAAAAGGAGUGAGACAUGGAAACAUAUAAGUGCUUUUGUUUCCUCCCAAACAAACUAUAAAGUGAUCUUGCGUUAGGUUCACUGUACUCAGAACUUGAUUUUUCCACGGCGUGAACAAUAUUUUAAUUCAGUUGACUUGUUUUUUUUUCCAUAUUGGAAAUUCGUUUGUCAUUUCAUUAAAAAGCAUAUGACCUUGAU